GCAAAGGCUCCGCAAUCAACGUAACGCACCCCAAGUAAAGGACACGUCGCAUGGCUAUCUCGUGGUCUGAACAUAUGGUCCGAAUUCCAUUUCGCACCACACUCUUCCUUAGACUCGGUCUAUCCAGUCUACUCACUACAAUGGUCCGCACCGACGAGUCUGCUAUCAGGUUCAGACGUCGUCCUGAACUUCAAGGGAACAACCCUGUGGGAUGCGGCACUUCAACUUGAAUGCUUGCCAUUCGACUGGACAUGAGUCAGAAGGCGGUAAGGACUUGUGCUGGGAGAUAUUAAUUGGUGCACCAUGAGGCGUUGGCAAUGCGACUGCUGCAUGCUGGCAGUCUUCGCCUCCGAGCUGCUUGGACGCAACAUUGAUCAUUUAUAGAAUGUGAUUUCCGUAAAAGCUGAUGCGCACACAGUUAAAUACUCUUCCAACGCCUAAACAGCAUUUCAACGAUUACCCUCUUGCCGCCAUUGCUGUGUACCAUGGAUCCAGAUAUGGCUCAUUCCACUGCAAGUGGCAUUUGCGCGCCUAGUGCUGUAGAGGAACCGUUACCGCUUACCCAAAGACCGUCCGCCUCUGCCUAUCGACCACGCACAAGUGUUCCAGACAGUCAACCUCACGAUAGGUUUUCCAACUGGCAGACUCUUCGAAGAGCUGCAACUUUAAUGGUACGACCAGAAAAGCCGAUAGCCAAAGCCCCCAGCGUGUGGAGAAGCAUUCAAGCAAUUGUUUUUGCUUCAUGGCUAAAUGUCCUGUUGGUCUUUAUCCCGAUAUCCUGGGUUAUAAACUUUGCUCUACCUUAUCAGCAUACUUUUAUAUUUGUCUUUUCAUUUCUCGCUAUCGUCCCGCUAGCCAAUAUUCUCUCCUUCGCGACGGACGAGCUGUCACUACGAGUCGGUGAACCUCUAGCUAGUCUCAUCGACAUUACAUUAGGAAAUCUCAUCGAACUCAUCAUAUCAAUCAUCGCCCUCACAAAGUGUCAGAUUACAAUUGUCCAAUCAUCUUUGAUGGGUUCUGUCCUGAGCAAUAUCUUAUUGGUACUGGGCACGUGUUUUUUCGCCGGUGGCCUCCGCUUCUCAGAACAGGGAUUUGGUCAAAGUGCUGUGCAAAUUGACUCGUCAUUACUCACCAUCAGCAUCAUCGCCGUUUUACUACCUGGUGGUGUUCAGAUGGCUGUGCAGGGCCAGCCCCAAUAUGAUGAAUUGUCGACUAAUUACAACAUAUUAAAGAUUAGUCAUGGCCUUGCAAUUAUUCUCCUUUUCAUCUACGCCUCUUAUCUGGUUUUCCAGUUAUUGUCGCACAAAGCCUUGUACGAUGAUUACGCUGAUGAUAUACAAAUGACCAGGUGCUACAUGGGCGAUAAUCCAUUCCUGUUGCACAGGACACGUAGGAAUAUCAUGCACAGUGAAACAGUGUCUUCCCCGAGUUCGGCACGUCAUGGAGAGGCAGCCACAACAUCAUUCCACCCCUCGGAUGCUAACCCUGACGUAGAACCCGGGACCCGUUCCAUAAUAUCGGUGGAGAUGGAGCCUGAGCAACCACUGAUGAGCCUCGCCGUGUGCCUUUGGCUUCUGGUUGCAGUAAUGGUGUUAGUUGCUGUCACUACAGUGUUCCUUGUUGACUCCAUUGAUGGUUUGACUUCAUCUGGGUUGAUCAACAAGGAGUUCAUCAGUGUUAUUUUGCUUCCGAUGAUUGGUAAUGUAACGGGACAUGUCGCCGAGCACGCCACCGCGGUUAGAAGGUCCGUCAGGGAUAAACUAACUUUAAGCUUGAAAGUUGCUGUGGGUUCGAGUAUUCAAAUCACCCUUUUUGUGAUUCCAUUCAUCGUAACACUUGGCUGGAUUAUGAACAAGCCAUUGUCGCUUCUCUUUGACCCGCUGGAGUCCAUCGUGUUGUUCCUGUCCGUCCUCACUGUGAGCUAUAUGGUGCAAGAAGGCAAGUCAAAUUGGUUGAAAGGAAUGAUUCUCAUAUGCUUGUAUACGAUGUUGGGUGUAACGUUUUGGUAUUAUCCUGGUGAGUCCCUCGUCGGUGGGACGGAUGAGUUUCAUACAUGUUAAAUGUAACUGUCUCAAGGCACUCAAGUGAUCUUCCAAAAUUGUUAGGCCACACAUGACUAGGGCGUCACGCAUGUCAGCGAUGUCAGCCAAAACCUGGCCCUGUCUGAUAAUCCCUAUGAACGCUAGUAACGACGUCACCGUAGUUUAGAUAUCAUGUACUGC